GUCAAAUUUCCAAAUCAUGGAUAUCCGACCGAAAAAUAUGGCACAACGUCGAGUGGUUUAUUUUAUCAUUCGCGGGAUGUUAUUUUUCCUCGCAAUCUUUGGCCUUUGGCGGAUGAUUUCCUUAAUUUCGGAGAACUCAAAUGCGAUCAAUAAGGAAGAUGAGUUAAAAGAUAAUCAUGUGUUGGUUGAAGUGUAUUAUGAGUCCAUGUGCCCAGAUAGUAAAUAUUUUAUUAAGCAUCAACUAGUCCCGGCUUUUGAAAAAAUACCAGAAGUUUUUGAUUUCAGAUUGGUUCCUUAUGGGAAAGCAAAGACUACAGAAAAUUCAACAGGCAUUUUUUUCAGCUGUCAACAUUUUGAACUAGAAUGUCUGGGAAACAAGAUACAUGCUUGUGGAAUCAAAUACAUAACAAAUAGAUCAAGGCAACUUAGGUUUGCAUCUUGCCUAAUCAAUAAUAUCAGGAACCCACAGUCUGCAGGGGAAAGUUGUGCACAUGAAGUGAAUGCAAAUUGGGAUGAAAUUGAAAAAUGUUCAAACAGUAAAGAAGGAAGUGAGCUAUUGAAAGCUUAUGGAGAGGAAACUCACAACUUAACCCCAUCUGUGACAUUUAUUCCUACAGUUGUUCUUGAUAAAAAUCAAGGACAUCAAAAGGAUAUUUUGAAAAAUCUUCUGAAAGAAGUUUGUUCCAAGGAGACAAACCUCCAUCAUGUUUAUGAGAACGUAGACUUUCGCUGCAAUCCAAACACUUCCUUCAUACAUGGCCAGAAUCUAGCUAAAAUUUGGGGAUAAAAUCAUGGACCGCUUAUCAAUAGUUUACCUAAUGCCGGAAUUGCCGAAGAUCAAUUUUCUUGAAAUCUUUACAUGUGUUCAUACUACAAUACGUCCCGUGAUAUCCCUUUGGUAACCUGAGCAAGCGUUCUGUUCCCCUUUGGUCGUUAGACAUUGUUAACUAUGUAUAUAUACGAUUACAUGGAAAGGUUUGAAUACCUGGGCAA